GAAGGUGGUGACUAUAGAAUGCCCCUUAAAGUCGUGCUCCCCCCCCUAGGGCCAAAACACCCCCGAAAUUGACCAGGACUAGGCCUAAUUACCGGCGUCUUUUUGACGACAGGUCGUAGUUGUCGCCAAACUACGACAUCCGAAUUUGGUAGGGCAAUCUGCAGGCAGCCACUCGGCUAUGGCUGGAGGGUUUCUGCAGAGGCGAUCAGUGAGGGUUGGCAUCCCAUUUCUCAUGCUGAUUGUGGGCGGAUCGUUUGGUCUCAAGGAAUUCACUCAGUUAAGGUACGAUUUUCGUAAUAGCAGGAACAUUACAAAAGAGGAGGCAGAGAAGCUUGGGGUUGAAAUGAAAGAUGCAACCAGCGUCACCUUAGAAGCAAUAUAUAGUGAUAUUAGUGAGAUUGACACCACAAACUGGGAAAACAAAAGAGGUCCUCGCCCCUGGGAGGAAAGCAACCAGCUGUAUUUAGAAGCUGUAGAACGGGGAAAGAUCUUAAAGGAAAACGCUCAGUAAACUUAAAGCUUGAGAAGUGUUUACGUAGUUCUCACGGACUAAUGAGUGGUUACAGAGCAGUUGAGCUUUUGCUGAAAACGUUAGGAAAAUGUAAACACAGAGGGCUCAUGUACUUUUACUACAUAAUGUAAAUACAGAAACCUUUUUGAAAUUUUCA